AUGAAAGAAUCUAUUUCAGCGUGCGGAAGGCGGACAGAACUGAUUGACAGGCACUUCACGGGGCUUGUUGAUGCCGAGCAUUUUUACCUUACUCCAACAGCAGAAUAUUGUCGUCUGAAUGUCACUGCUUAUGGUACCACGGGAAAAAAUGUUUCAAUUGUUGUCUCAGAGUCCGGAAGUACUGUUCAGCUGGACCUCGAUUCCGCUACAUACGGCAAUAAUGCUGGAAUUCAGUCACGGUAA